UGCGUUCAUUAUUUAACUGGACAUCAUUAGUGUGAUUAGUGGAUUGAUUCAACUAUCAAAAUUACUUAACACGUGUUCAGUAUUGUACCGAUUGGAAAUUACAUAAAGCACCUAGUUUUCUAUCUAUUAUACAUACAUCUUAUAAUAUUGUUUGAUAACAAACAUGACCACUUCACUUGAAAAACCUUAUAGUGAAAUUCAGAAAACCUUUGCUGACACAAAUGUAUUUAUUACCGGAGCAACAGGGUUCAUCGGACAUGUUUUGGUGGAAAAAGUUCUCAGAUCGUGUCCGGUCAAUCACGUGUAUUUACUGAUGAGACCGAAAAAGGGCAAAGGGCCUUACACCCGUUUGAACGCCAUGUUCGAUGGUCCGUUAUUUAGCAAACUCCGGAGCGAGCAACCGAAUUUCAUAAAGAGAGUCAGUUUGAUAUCCGGAGAUUGCGAACAACCCAAUUUAGGUCUAUCGCCAAGCGACGAAGAAUUUGUGGUCAGCAACAUGAACAUAAUAAUCCAUUGCGCGGCAACGAUUUACCUGAACGGAUCGCUGAAACGGACGGCUUUGAUCAACGUCAGGUCCACUAGGGAUCUACUGUUGAUCGCCCGUCGAACACACCACUUGAAAUCGUUCGUGCACGUGUCGACGGCAUUCGCAAACACCAAUCAGCCAGUCAGCAAAGAGAUCAUCUACGAUUGUCACAUGCCGGGCGAGACGCUGAUCGAUAUGGCCGAAUCGCUGUCCGCUGAGCUUAUAGAUUCCAUAACAAAACAGUGUUUGAAAACUUGGCCCAACACGUAUACGUUUACAAAAUGCAUUGCGGAAAAUCUAGUUAAACAGUACGGUCAACAUUUGCCAAUAAGCAUUGUCAGACCUUCGAUCGUCACGUUCACUAAAGACGAACCGAUAACCGGUUGGUUUACAUCUGUGAAAAGCGUACCCGGUCUGUGCACAGCCAUUGGAAUAGGUGCAGUACGUGUAUUGAUUUGUGACACAGACGCGCCUGCCGUUACCGUACCAGCCGACAAAGUGGCCAAUUUGAUUAUUACCGCAGUCUGGCAAGGUUCAAAGAAAAGCAAUGAGGAUUCAGUGAUACCAAUAUUUAAUUAUGUACCAAACAACUUGGCACCUCCGCUGACCUUUGGCCAAACAAUACACGCUAUGGUUAAUAUUACGAAAACACAUAAAAUAUAUUUGGAAAAACAGUUGUGGGUUCCAAAUGUUCUGUGUACAAAGUACAAAUUUAUUUUUACCGUCUUCUUUUAUUUGUAUCAUUAUAUACCAGCGGCGAUAAUCGAUAUGGUCCUAUGGAUUACUGGACACACAUUUAGGGUUGUACCGAUCUGCUCUAAAGCCUACAGAAUGAUGUUGGACAUGUCAUAUUUCGGCACUGGACAUUUCAAAUUUGACGAUCGAAAUUUGGAGGCAUUAAUAUCGCAUCAAAGCGCCGAAGACAAAGUACUAUUCGAUAUAGACAUAUCGAAAAUCAAUUGGGACAAACAUAUGCUGUCUACUGUUUAUGGAGCUCGGCAGCAUAUUUUCAAUCAAAAUGGCAACACCGCAGCAGCCAUAAAAAGACAUAGGAUGAUUACGACCGCUUACUACACAUUCAACGGAACACUUUACGCAUUCCUGUUAUAUUCAUUGUAUUUUAUUUUGAAUUGUGUAUUCAAAUUUACAUAAUAUCAAUACUCCGUUGGUGUAUUCAUGUAGUUUUAAAAAAUAAAAAAAAAAGGAUUGUUUUUAAUUGUGUUUACAAUUUUCCCAAUUCUUGAUACAUCAUUACAAUUGCACUGACUUUGAACAAAGUAUUGAAAAUUAAACUACAAAAA